GGAGAGGAAAGAAAUAGGCUUUCGCUUUCCCACUCUCUCUGCUCUUCCAUCUUCAUCAUUUCGAAAAAUCUUGAGCUACAGAGAGAUCCUCACGAUCACUUUGUUUGCUCAUCGAAAACCCUCAAUCCUUCGAUCUGUCUGGCCUUCGAGCUGAGCACUCUUCUUCCUUCUACGCAUCGGAGCUUCUUCCGGAGUUUUUGUCCGGCCGACACCAGAUUCAGCGGUUUCCCGAUGCUCGCCGUGUCGGGGAUGGCAUUAUCGUGAAAUCAGUGAUGAAAUUGGUGGGGAAGGGUCCUUCGUUGCUAUGGGGGUGAUCGAUGUGUGGAGGUUCAGCUUGAGGCCGCCGACGCAGCACCCGAACGGCGGCGGAGGCGGAGGAACCAAGAAUGCGUUCUGGAGGUGGCGAUCCUCUGCGACCCAACCCAGAAAACCGGUGCCAUGGACGCGGCUCUGCGGCUUCAUGCUCUUCGCCUUGGGGCUCAUCUCACUCUUCACCGGUCACAUAGUAUCGCACCUCGAGUGGUAUUCUCAGCAGCUGGGCAAACGGAGCUUGCUGGAUAUUAGCCGCCGGGAACCUAUUAAUAUAUGGAAGUCAAAAUAUUCUAAGUUCUUCUACGGAUGCAGUGAAAGAGGGAAAAACUUUCCUCCUGCUGUCCGUCAACAAUCCUCCAAUGGGUUUUUGCUUAUUGCAGCAAGUGGGGGGCUGAAUCAACAAAGAACAGGAAUAACCGAUGCGGUAGUUGUGGCAUGGAUUCUAAAUGCUACUUUAGUUUUACCCGAGUUGGAUCACCAUUCCUUUUGGAAGGAUGACAGUGACUUUGCUGACAUUUUUGACAUGAAUUGGUUCAUCUCUUCUCUCGCCAAAGAUGUGACUAUAAUAAAGAGAGUUCCUGAUAGGAUCAUGCGGUCGAUGGAGAAACCUCCUUAUACCAUGCGUGUCCCCAGAAAAUCUCCUCCUGAGUAUUAUCUUGAUCAAGUAUUGCCAAUUCUCUUGAGAAGACGUGUUUUACAGUUGACGAAGUUUGACUAUAGACUAGCAAAUGACCUGGAUGAAGAGCUGCAAAAAUUGCGGUGCAGGGUCAAUUAUCAUGCUUUAAGAUUCACAAAACCUAUACAGUCACUUGGGAUGAAAGUGGUCAAGAGAAUGCGAAAGAUGGCCAAACGUUUUAUAGCUGUUCACUUGAGGUUUGAGCCUGAUAUGUUAGCCUUCUCCGGUUGUUAUUUCGGCGGGGGUGACAAAGAGCGAGGCGAGCUGGUAGAAAUAAGAAAGAGAUGGGACACAUUGCCCGAUUUGAGUCCUCUAGAAGAGAGAAAGCGUGGGAAAUGCCCUCUAACUCCUAUGGAAGUGGGCUUGAUGCUGCGUGCUCUUGGUUUUGGAAAUGAUACGUAUAUUUAUGUUGCAUCUGGAGAAAUUUAUGGUGGAGAGGAGACACUGAGACCCCUCAGAGAGCUUUUUCCAAACUUUUACACUAAAGAGAUGCUUGCCAACGAUGAGCUCAAGCCUUUGCUUCCGUAUUCUUCACGUCUUGCUGCCAUUGACUACAUUGUUUGCGAUGAGAGUGACGUCUUUAUCACUAACAACAACGGAAAUAUGGCCAAGAUUCUCGCAGGCCGAAGGAGGUACAUGGGCCACAAGAGGACAAUCAGGCCAAACGCGAAGAAGCUCAGUGCUCUGUUCAUGGACCGUGAAAAUAUGGACUGGCAAACCUUUGCGAAGAAGGUAAAAGCUUGUCAGCGUGGAUUCAUGGGUGACCCAGAUGAGAUCAGACCUGGACGUGGAGAGUUUCACGAGUUCCCACAGCCUUGCAUAUGUCAGAGACCUUUCUCCUACGACAAACCCAUCAAUGACGAGGAAGAAGACAAUCUAGAUGAGGAUAACAACAGCUCACAAGGUCUCAACAACACUAGCCCCGGGCAUGAACGCCUGUCUUCACCAGAGGACGAGCAUGAGGAAGUUUUCCCGGACUAGCCUUUUUACCCCUACUCUUUAUGUGCUUCACCGCAAGGUUUUUACUGCGCGGUUACCGGACAUUACAGUGGCCAGGUGAUGCUGGGGAGAUCAACCCACUCAGGUAGUAUAGGAGAAGACAGUUUCUAAGGAAAUGUUCAUAGAUUAAGAGAGAUUUUGUAUCCAAAUAGAGAGGUAAACCCUCGUCCCCGGUAAUUGUAAUGUCUCAUUUGGUCUGUUCUUUUUUUUUUUUUUGGAACUUUAGUCGCUUUUCCCUGUAUCUUUCCUUUUUUUUUACGUGUAAAUUCCAGCUUUUGGCUUCAGAUUCUCGUUUUUUUUGGAUCUCAAAAAAGAAAAAAAUUGUGUUGGAAACUU